UCUGUUUGCAGAGCACUUGUAUCUGUCUGGCGGCGAGCUGUAUAGUCAGUUACAUCAGACAGGAAGUCACAUGGAAUCCUGAGCUGCCAUCCUGCAGCGCGACUUAAACCGGGUACAGAACAUAGAUUUGUAGCAGUACUGCGGUAUCCUCUGUAGAUGGCAGAAGAGUGUCGAAAUCACCCUGAAUUCCCUUCAGUUGUAGAUCGUUAUUUUACAAGAUGGUACAAGCCAGAUGUAAAAGGAAAGCUUUCUGAAGACCACUGCAUUUUGCAACAUUCAAACAGAAUUUGUGUUAUCACGCUAGCAGAAUGCCACCCACUUCUUCAAACUGGAAAAACAAUUCAGAACAUCAAUUACCAGAUCAGUCCCAACUGCAGCAGGCUGCAGAAUAAAGUGUCUGGGAAAUCCAAACGGGGUGCCCAGUUCCUUACAGAAUUUGCUCCUUUAUGUAGAAUAUUGUGUUCUGAUGGUGAGGAAUAUACUAUUUACAGUUGCAUCAGAGGUCGUUUAUUAGAAGUAAAUGAGCGUAUCCUUGAAAACCCAGAACUGUUGCAAGAAAAGCCAUCAACUGAGGGUUACAUUGCAGUUGUGUUACCAAAAUUUGAAGAGAGCAAAACUAUUACAGAUGGACUUCUAUCCCAAAAGGAAUAUGAAGAGAUUGUCUCUAGAAGAACGUGUGCAAAAUCGGAUGAUUUAUAAAUGGUUACGCUUGAAAACAGAUUUAUAUAAUCUGUUUACUGAACUACCUCAAAAGUUAAAAGGCUUGUUUUUUUUUUUUUUAUG